AUGUGUCAUGUGACCCUGAAGAGGUGCACUGUGUUAAAUCCUGCUACUUUGUUGCCCACCGAGGAUGAUGGAGAGCCGCACGACUGUGCUGAACUGUUGGAGCUUGUCUCUAAACCAAGGUCGGAUUUAACUGAUGUCCCUUUGCAAAAUGCACAUUUGGAACUGGUUGUAGAUGGCUCUGCUCAGCGUUCUGAGAAAGGAGAACCAUUGGUUGCGUAUGCGGUGACUACUGCCUCAACCACACUGGAAAGUGCUAAAUUACCCUCCCACCUUUCUGCUCAAGCAGCAGAACUCUUUGCACUCACUAGAGCUUGCAUAUUAGCUAAAGGCCAGUCUGCUACAAUCUAUAUAGAUAGCAGAUAUGCCUUUGGUGUGGUACAUGAUUUUGGUACUCUGUGGAAACAGCGCGGCUUCCCGACCUCUGGUCCUGUUGAGUUGAGGAAGUGGAAACGACUAUGUACAUAUGACCAGGCUAUUUUACCCAGGGUGAAAGCGGCUCUACCCCAGCCACUGGUGGGGAUCCUGCACAAACUGCAACCAGGUGACUGGGUGGUGGUGAAAGACCUGAGACGAAAGCAUUGGAACCAGCAGAGGUGGACUGGACCAUACCAGGUGAUGCUGAUUACCCCCACUGCUGUUUGCGUAGCUGAGAGGUCUACUUGGAUCCACGCCAAUCACUGCAGGAAGGUGCCAUACUGCCCACCAGACCCUGAGGAUGGAGGACCAGAGACGCCAGAAGUCACUGACUAGAUGGGAGGAUCAGGCCCAGACUCUACGCAUCAUGUUUCUUGCUCUGAUCUUGAGCUUUCUCAUUACAGUUGCCAUAUGGACAGUGACUCAAGGACAACCGGUCCUGGAAAGACAACAUGGUACGGACUCGACUGAUAACCGUUCAGUCCCACUGCGGGACUUAAAUAACAGCCACUCCAGCUCGAGCCAACGGCAGGCUCAGGACAGGAGUCCAGCAAACAAUAGCCGCUCCCAUAUCGAAAGAAGAAGAAGGUCAAUGCAUCCACUGGAUGAGCGUCACAGUAGGAAUCCCGAGGGAAACACUUGGUGGUCACUGCUUAACUAUACAGUAAAGACUGAACUGAUGUUAGGAAAUACCUCCUGUUAUGUAUGUAGCUUGUUUCCCCAUUCAGCGAUCUCCCCAUUCUUACAGUAUUCAGUAGAGGUCAGCAUUAAAGACACUCUAUGUGCACUAGAGGCGCUCUUGUCCAAUGAGAACACAGGGGGUCAACCUUCACUAGGUAGAACACUGAGGGAUAAAUGCAUUAACCUCUUGCUCCUACCUGACACGCAGGCGUCCCAUCUAGACAUCUGGAAAUGCAAAUGCGCUACGCUAAAUGCUAAUAGUACUAGUUAAAACUCAAACGUUCAUUAAAAUACACAUGCAGGGUAUUGAAUUAAAGCUACACUCGUUGUGAAUCCAGGCAACAAGUCAGAUUUUUAAAAUGCUUUUUGGCGAAAGCAUGAGAAGCUAUUAUCUGAUAGCAUGUAACACCCCAAAAGACCCGCAGGGGACGUAAACAAAAUAACUAGCAUAGUCGUCGCUACACAAACCGCACAAAUAAAAUAUAAAACAUUCAUUACCUUUGACCAUCUUCUUUGUUGGCACUCCUAGAUGUCCCAUAAUCACUAUUGGGUCUUUUUUUCGAUUAAAUCGGUCCAUAUAUAGCCUAGAUAUCGAUCUAUGAAGACUGUGUGAUAAACAAAAAAAAAAGCGUCUUAUAACGUAACGUCAUUUUUAAAAAUUAAAAAAGUUGACGAUAAACUUUCACAAAACACUUCGAAAUACUUUUGUAAUGCAACUUUAGGUAUUAGUACACGUUAAUAAGCGAUCAAAUUGAUCACGAGGCGAUGUAUAUUCUAUAUGGGGUACGUCUGGAAAUAAUGUCCGUGUAAAUCUCAACCAACAUAUCCGGUCGGAGACCUGAACAAAUGGCUUGUCUCUUCUUCGUUUGACCAAGAAACAAAGCCUAGGCAAAUGACCUGACUGUUGACAUCGUGUGGAAGCUGUAGGUAUUGCAACCUCAGCCCCAUUUAAUGUGGUUCGCCUUUAACAAUGGGUUGAUGUGGCGGAUGGAUAUAUUUUUCCAUUUUCAGUGAUCAGAUUUUCCUGCGCUUUUCGAUGAAACGCACGUUCUGUUAUAGUCACAGCCGUGAUUUAACCAGUUUUAUAAACGUCUGAGUGUUUUCUAUCCACACAUACUAAUCAUAUGCAUAUACUAUAUUCCUGGCAUGAGCAGCAGGGCGCUGAAAUGCUGCGCGAUUUUUAACAGAUUGUUCGAAAAAGUAGGGGGUAGGAGUAACAGGUUAAUGGUAAUUUGUCAUCAACAAAAGAUUUACGGGGGGGAUUUGAUUGUUCACAUUGGUGUAGUAGAAUAAUCUUAGAACCUAGAUCCCGUGUACCAGAACCUAUUCAAGUCCAACCCCAGUGAACCCCAUUUAGGACCUGUCAUUGUCACAAUCCAAGCAAUAUUUCCAUACCACAAUUGAAUGAAUCCUAUCUGGGAAUGUCAACAUGUGUCAAUUAUAGUGUUUUCCCAAUAGGAUGUAGCUGGAAGAAGGGAACAUGCAGCUCUGGAUACCCCAUUAGACUGAGGGUGGGACACACCAUUAUUGAUGCUGAAACUGACAAUCGUUCUCCUCAUCAAUUUGGCUCGGCAACAUUUACUGAUCAUUAUUGGAUUUGUGGUGAUAAAACUUAUCUCUACCUACCCACAAAUUGGACAGGGUGCUGUAUUUUUGGUAAACUAAACAUCUCCCUUGUGGUAAUGCAUAAAACUAAUUCCUCUAUUCCAAGCAGGUUAAGACUAAUUAAGAGGGACAUCUCGCAAUACAAUAAUGUCCCUAGUGACUCUUGACGAUAAUCGAAAUUGGAAAAGUUCUGGCGUUGUUUAAUCCCCUGGUAUGGGGCAUCGGAGAAUGCAUAUGAGUUGGAUAGGCUAGGAUAUCAUUUGGAAUCCCUGGUAAAUUUGACCACUGCAGGGUAUUCUAUGAUAAGACCAGAAUUACAAGCCACUCAACUCAUGGCAACACAAAAUAGGGUGGCACUUAACAUGUUGCUAGUACGUGAAGGAGGGGUGUGUCAAAUUAUAGGAGAUCACUGUUGUACAUUUAUACCCCAGGGAGAUGACAAUUUGACUAUUGUAGUGGAACAUUUGAAAGAGCUUAGGGGUGUUCUCGAAAGGGAACACCAGCCUGACAUCAACUGGAAUCCGUUAGGAUGGGUUCAGUCAGUGUUUGGUGCUUGGGCUGCGACCAUUUUCCACUGGUUCAUCUAUGGUCUAAUAUUACUGAUUGCUCUGUUGCUAAUUAUCAUUUGUGUGAAGAAAUUGUUUAAUAAAGUGGUUGAUGUUGUUCUUACUAUGCCCUUGCUUGCAAAUGAAGUAGGUGUAGAUGAGGAAUCUGAGAUUGAUGGACAACAAUCAGGUGAACACAGUGAAAUAUUCUCACUGGACAGUGUAGAUAGAGAGGGUUCACUGUAUAUGAAUGAUUUCCCUGACCCAUUCCCUAUUCCUGACUAUAUCUCUGAUAGUGGGGAACCCAAUUCUAAGCAUGAGGAUUUAGAGGGAUGACUGUCCUAUAGGUUGUAAUUUUGGGAGUAUUUAUAUGUAUUGAUAUUUUAAUUUUUACUCAACAAAUGUAUUAUUCUAUAUGUUUAAACAGGUGCAAGUCUGUAUUGUGGUAUAAACAUUGUAAACUCAGUUUCUGACGGGUGAAUAAUUACAUUGAAGGGAUUUGAUUCUUUAUUAUCUUUACAUUUUGAUUAUGGAUUUUUUAAUUGUAUUAUAUACUCUGCAACUACUGUUAGUAAGGUGCCAUGUUACUAUUCUGAUUCUUCAGAAGGGACUGAGUCCCUUGAGAGGGGAAUGUUGGGGAAUAAUCAGAAUUAGUUGGGUAACAUAGAUAAGAUGUUUUAUUUUCAUGAUAUUCUUAUGAGUUAUUUCUCAUAAGAAUGUAUUUUGUUGUACUAUAGUGGUGGCCAUUGGCAGUUAUCUGUUCUCUGUCAGGACUAAGUUGCUUGGGCCGCAGAGAAGGGAGAGGUCAAGGUGUCAUCAUGUGUAAACAUAUAUUUUGCUCCACUGUGUCUGUGUGCCAGUCACUCCCUACUUUUCCCAUCGGGGAGAGGAGGAUGGCAGUGUCUGGAAUCAUUCUAUGCUCUCUCUUUUGUUGUUCCUAUGUUGACCUAUAGCCUCACUCUCCUCUCCGUGAGUUUGUCCAGGAUUGGUUGUAUUUAGAAUUGGUUCUAUCUAAAUGACAAUUUGAUAUAUAUCAUAGGGUGGGGGUAAUAUCUUGGUACCAUUUUGUACCAAGGACGAAAUAAGAGCAUUGUUUAGGAGACCAAACUGAAUGAUAAUUUAUAGCCAACUCUGUCUGGCUAGUGGAUACUCCUCUCUGAAGUAAAGUCUUUUCUUUGUGUAAGUUCCUAAGACCUGUGGUUUGUCAUGUCGUCUAGGGGGGGUGGAUCUUUGCUAUAAAGGAUCCCAUUUGCCAUUAUGUUAACCACUCUCAACUUUUCAUUAGAGAUACUGAACUGUUGAAAGUCAAAAUUCUAUUGCAAAAGUUUAAUUAUUAUUAAAGGUGAACAUUAA